AUGGACUCUAAGGAACAGAUCGCAAACUCGCCAAAAGGAGGCGAAAGAUCGGCAGAUGAGAUUGGUGAUCAAAUUGCAAACAACGCAGUCAAUCAUGACCGGUUAAUUCUUACAGCAUCAGAUGUCAGAGAACCGCUCAAAACACCACGAUUCCAUUUUUUCGCUCGACUUGAUCACAAGAUCCGCCACAAGAUAUGGCUCCUAGCCCGCGAAUCUUCAUCUCGUAAUCUCGUAGUAAGACUUCAAAACUCGCUCGACGGAGUGGAAUAUCGGCAUCUGUUUCCGAACAGGGAGCCCUGGGAGAUAUAUACGUCUCAGAUUCCAACACUUCUCUCAGUUUGCAAAGAAGCGAGGGAUAUUCUUCUCCCCAAAUACUCAGCUCCUUUCGACAAUGAUAAUGUUCUGGUUUACAGUUUCAAAGGCUCGGUUCCAGGUGGAAACUUUCCCUUCUGUUGGGAAACAGAUUUGCUUCUAGUUGACCUGGAGGAAUAUUGGUCACCAGGAAACUUACACAGGGUUUUUGCCGAAAUCUUUGGUCAUUACUAUACAGACGCUGGUAAUUCCUUGCUUUCUUCUUCUUCGGUGGUAAAGCAAAGAUUGCGCCGGGUAGGUGGAAACUUCGUUAUGUGGAAUCGUGCAUUAGGAAGCCAAAAUCUGAGCCUGUCCAACGCGGCUUUUUUCGACGAUUUCGAGAAUUUGGAAGAAGUUGUCUUUGCGCCACUUUUCCAACGCCUACAGAUGAAUUUUCAUAAUCCUGCGCAGUAUGGUGGCUUCGAGCGCGAAUCUCUAAGAGGACCUUGGGGUCAGGAUUUCCAAAGGAGGUUUCGAAGAGGCAUGUUGAAAUGGCUCCCAGACCAGUUGGAAUUGCUGAAUCAAAAUCGAAGGAGCAAUUUGGGGAUGUAAGAUUCAAUAGACUACUACUUUUACGACAAAAUUCCUCUGUUCCUUCCACCCACUGUAUCUAAUGACCGCAAGUCACAAUCCUUCACGUUGUUUCCUGUGCUACCUGCAGAGCUUCGAGCGGAAAUCUGGAGACUCUCAUUUCCUCAAGAAAGAUACAUUGAUAUUCGGCCAACGACUGUACUAGAUGAUUACGGAUAUCCUACAAGCCUGACCGGCUCUUGGCACGCGGUUGCGAGCGAGUGUGUGCCAGUUUCGUUCUUUGUCAAUCAGGAGGCUCGAUUUGAGCUUCUAAGAUAUUACCAACCAAUCAAGAGCAAUGACAAUUACCCAACUAUCUUUGCGAAUUUGAAACUGGAUGUCCUUUGCAUUUAUCAUCCUUGUCGAGAUACUCUACCGAACUUUCUCACCACGGUUUCUGUUCGCACAAGAGAAGCUGUUACAAAUAUUCAAGGUCUUCGUAUGACCAAACCAGAUCGUGUUUACAACAUCGAUCGACUUCGCUCAUAGUCUGCCAAAUCUUCGUAUAAUUCGAAUCGAUCAUGAUCAAAAUAGCAGUCUGCCGAGCCUUGCUUUCGACCGAAAUCAACCGAGGACCAUAGGCUGGGAGGAAGAGGUUAGUCGGGAGUUGCUGGAGGAUGAGGAGAAGCAGCUUGAAGAGUGGGGGUUUGAUCCUUCUGGCAAGCAUCCCUUAAUUCGGUUUGGACGACAUCUUGAGAGUGAUAGCAGGUCUAUCAAUUAA